GACGAAAAUGUUUAUUUUAUAAAAUCGUACACAUUUUUCAUCGGUUUCAUUGGAAAAAAACACAAAAGCCAUGGGGCGACUGGAUGAACAAGCGAAGAACAGGAUUGUAGUGUUGAGGAAAGCUGGCCUCAGCUUCCGUAAGAUCAAGAAAGUUCUUGAGUUGGACAACAUAAAAGUAACGCCGCAAGCUAUCUACCUCUUCCUGAAACGUAAGAACGUUGAGCCUGAAAAGUCACCGGUGGUGCCGCCGUCAUCGGUUCCCAAAGAGAAGCCGUGGGAGAGCGGACAUCCCUGGGCCUUGGUGCAGGAGAAUGGCGGCCAGGGUCAUGGUGUUAAAGAUAGAAGGACUUUGGGUAACAAACACAACGAAAUGGCAAACAGUGGGAGAUCGCAAGAAGCAGUCAGGGAGGAAGGCAUUAAGAUAGUGAGCGUGACCUCUUUGUCCAACAUGAAGCAAGAAUAUCAACCUCCGUCAACCACAACAGGCAUAUCGCAGAGGCAAACCCUACGGCAGACGAAUGACUGCGUCGUACGCCAGGCCCACCCACUUACAGCCACCAGUCUUCGCCAGCCGGCAGUCCUCCCGGCGACUUCCCAUCACUCGCAUGGCAGAGCGAGGACUCCGCUCCCUGGCCCAAGGAACCCAGCUUUACUGGUCACGAAAAAGAUUGUGGACAGAGCCAUCAACGUGCAGAAAAAGGUUAUUUUUCAGAACGGGACCCCAAUGCUGGCUCAUAGCGGACACUACCCUCCUUCCACCACUGUUACCCACCGGCCACCAACUUUGAGACCAGUAGCUGCAGCAUGUUCGCGGAUAAGAGAUGCCAGCACUCAGACCGCUCCUCCGCCGUCUGCGAACGCAGAGCAGUUUGAAACCAUCAGAGGAGAGCUUCAGAGAUUGACACAAGCCGUGCAGACGCUAAUGGACAGACAGAGCCGCUGGGAGCAGGAACAGAACAGGCAGCGUCAGUGCAACCACCAGGAGGUGCUAUUGCAAAUCCAACAGUUAGGGGCCACAUUAACAGCAAGGAGUUCUUAUGGACAGGAGCCGGACACCCCACUCCCUGAUAUCGGACAAUUCAAAAUGGAGCUUUUGUGAAGAUAUCAGGAAGAUAGAUACAGAAGAAGAAGGUUGAUGGACACCCU